AUAUAGUUUCUUUUCUGAUUCUUCUCAACUACUUUGAGAUUCAGUUCACUGUUCAGCCAUGGUUUCUUCUUCUUCAAACACUUUUUCUCUUUCUCUGAUCUUAUUCAUCUCUUUCUUUUCCUUAUUCUCUCCUUCUCAAUCUCACAGCAAAGUUUCCUUAGAAUUAUACUAUGAAAGUUUGUGUCCUUACAGUGCCAAUUUCAUUGUUAAUUACCUACCUAAAAUCUUCAAACAUGAUCUUCUCUCAAUAGUUGACCUUAAACUUGUUCCAUGGGGUAAUGCUAAACUCAGAGGUAAUUCCACCUUUGAUUGCCAGCAUGGUCCAUAUGAGUGUUUGUUGAACACUGUUGAAGCUUGUGCUAUUGAUAUCUGGCCUCAACUGGAAAAGCAUUUCUCUUUCAUCUAUUGUGUUGAGGAUCUGGCGUAUCAGGGUAAGCGCACAGAGUGGGAAUCUUGUUUUGAGAAACUGGGUCUGGAUUCAAAACUUGUUAAUGAUUGUUAUCGUAGUGAACGUGGAAACGAGUUGGAGCUAAAGUAUGCAGAUGAAACAAAUGCUCUACAGCCUCCUCACAAGUACGUUCCAUGGGUAGUUGUGGAUGGAGAACCACUCUACGAGGAUUAUGAAAACUUCUUAACCUAUAUCUGUAAGGCUUAUCAAGGCACGGAUGCACCCAAAAGUUGCACCCAAGCUUCGUAUAUUAGAGUUAGUACUAUUCGAGAAGUGGAAGCAAAGGCUAAGCAUUCAUUUUGUGUUAUGGAAAGAGUGAUGCCAACAUGGGAGAAAAUAAGGUCAACCGUCGCCUCAUGGAUGAGCCAGAUGAACUUUCUAGGUGAAGUCUAGAAGCUCCAACGCUGCGUGUGACUCAAUUAGUUUCUUGAUGUUCUCAUGCAAUAAUCCCUUGAAACUGCAAAUAUAACUUGUCAUGAGUAUGAGUUAGUAGUGCUUUGCAGUUCAACACUGUUGUGUAUAAUAAUGUAUUUUCAUGAUGUUAGUAAUUGUAAGUGCAAUUCUAUAUUUUGCUUAUUACCCAGUUUCAGUUGUAAGAACCUCCCUCACAUGGAAAUAAAAGGGUGUAAAUAUUAAAUGGGAAAGACUAUGAAAGAUUCAAAAGAAAGGGCUGGCUUUAGCCAC